CAGUUGUGCGUCUCACGCCUGCGGGGGACUGAGGGAGACCUUGAGCUGCUAGUCUCCGACCUCCGACCUCCGGCCUCCUGCCUCCUACGCAGCAUGCUUCGGGCCGCAGCGCUGCUCGGGCCCCGUCUGGGCCGCCGCUUUCUGUCCUCGGCCGCUCCAGCCACGGUGCCCGUCCCGAACGAGCGCCCCGAGAUCUUCUACAACAAGAUUUUCAUAAACAACGAAUGGCAUGAUGCCGUCAGCAAGAAGACGUUUCCCACCAUCAACCCAUCCACCGGAGAGGUGAUCUGCCAAGUGGCCGAGGGGGACAAGGCAGACGUGGACAAGGCUGUAAAAGCUGCAAGGGAGGCGUUUCGCCUGGGGUCCCCAUGGAGGAGGAUGGACGCGUCGCACAGAGGAAGGCUCCUGAACCGACUGGCAGACCUGAUCGAGAGGGACCGGGCUUAUUUGGCUACACUGGAGACCUUGGACAAUGGCAAACCCUACGCCGUCUCCUACCUUGUAGAUUUAGACAUGGUUCUCAAAUGCCUUCGAUAUUACGCUGGCUGGGCUGACAAGUACCACGGGAAGACCAUCCCCAUCGAUGGAGAUUUUUUCAGCUAUACACGCCAUGAGCCUGUUGGGGUGUGUGCCCAGAUCAUUCCAUGGAACUUCCCGCUGCUCAUGCAGGCCUGGAAGCUGGGACCAGCCUUGGCCACAGGAAACGUGGUUGUGAUGAAGGUGGCCGAGCAGACCCCCCUCACUGCCCUCUACGUGGCCAACCUCAUCAAGGAGGCCGGCUUCCCCCCUGGAGUGGUCAACAUCAUCCCUGGAUAUGGCCCGACAGCUGGUGCGGCCCUCGCUUCCCACAUGGAUGUGGACAAGGUGGCAUUCACUGGCUCCACUGAGGUGGGGAGCCUCAUCCAGACAGCUGCUGGGAGCAGCAACCUGAAGAAAGUGACGCUGGAGCUGGGUGGCAAGAGCCCCAACAUCAUCAUGUCGGAUGCCGACAUGGACUGGGCCGUGGAGCAGGCCCACUUUGCUCUGUUCUUCAACCAGGGCCAGUGCUGCUGCGCGGGCUCCAGGACCUUCGUGCAGGAGGACAUCUACUCCGAGUUUGUGGAGAGGAGCGUGGCCCGGGCCAAGGCUCGGGUGGUGGGGAACCCCUUUGACAGCCGCACCGAGCAGGGGCCUCAGGUGGACGAAGAACAAUAUAAGAAGAUUCUGGGCUACAUCGAUUCAGGGAAACAGCAAGGAGCCAAGCUGCUGUGCGGAGGGGGGCCUGCCUCCGACCGGGGCUUCUUCAUUCAGCCCACCAUCUUUGGGGAUGUGCAGGACAACAUGGCCAUCGCCCUGGAGGAGAUCUUUGGGCCGGUGAUGCAGAUUAUGAAGUUCAAGACCAUUGAAGAGGUGGUGGAGAGAGCCAAUGAUUCCAAGUAUGGGCUGGCUGCAGCGGUCUUCACAAGAGACCUGGACAAGGCCAACUAUCUCUCCCAGGCACUGCAGGCCGGCACAGUGUGGAUAAAUUGCUACGAUGUGUUUGGAGCACAGUCCCCAUUUGGAGGCUACAAGAUGUCUGGGAACGGGCGAGAACUGGGCGAGUAUGGCCUGCAGGCAUAUACAGAAGUGAAAACUGUUACCGUCAAAGUUCCUCAGAAGAAUUCAUAAAGAAGAAUGUGGGAUUUCCCCAACCAUGCCUGCAGUUGAUGUUUUAAUUAGAUUGGGAUUAGAACCUGGACCAAGAAGAGGCCCACUUGUUCACUAGUAUCUCGGUAGAGAAACAAUCAAAAAAGCUUGUGGAAUGAUAGGGUUCCAUGGUGAGGGGAAGCUAUUGUAUUCUUUAAUUGCAACAACAUUACAAGCUAUGGGUGAAUUUUUUGUGCCUGAAACAUUUUAGUACGUUGGCUAACAUUCUUGUCGACAAUUUUUGGCACCUUCUUUUGCUUUAGGGCUAAACCUUAUUAAAAACUUUGAUACCUUU